GCGCACGGGAUUGUUAAGACGCACGAGCCACACAUGAGCAAAAGGAAGAGAAACAAUAAACGCAAAGUGGACUUUUUUACGCGGAGUUUUUACACAGGUGACCAGCAUCACGAGCCUAUACUCUCCAACUAGAGACGACUAGCCUACUUUCUCCAAGGUUUAGAACGGUGACUCAACCAACUGCAGGUUUCACUCACAGCCCACAACAUUUGCUGGAGGAGCCGCACAUCCACCUACACUUUCAGACUACUGCCCAGGCUGAGUGCUUAUCUUAUUGGGUCUGGCCUAUCAAGGGAUGUCAGGAAGGUGUGGCGCAUUGGGGAUCUGCUCCAGAGGCAUUUACAGUUGCAACUGGAAGCACUCCAGUGAAAGGAGGCGAAGAUGUGCUUGCUGUUGGUUCUCAUUUGUGGGUCUGGCCACCCUGCUCUCCUUGGCCUGGCUGUUUAUCUGGAUGGCCCUAUACAACUCUCGUGAUGACAUGAAUGUGAAGGUAUUUGAGAAGAUGAAGGAGUGGAUAAACUGGUUUAUGGUGAUAGUCAUCAUAUCUGCUGUGCUUGCCAUUUAUAGUCUUCUUCUGCUGUUAUUUGCACUUUUCCAAUAUGUCUUAAAGGAACCCUUGGACUUGCACUGUGUGCAUAAGGUGUUUCUGUCUGUUGGUGUUCUAAUAGUCUUGGCUGGGGUAAUGGCGAUCAGCCUGAGGUGGAAAGAAGAGUGGCCCACAGUCCCUGUGUUUCUUCAGGCCACAGCCCCCUUUCUCCAGCUGGGCGCAGUGGGGGCUUUGACCUUUCUCAGCUGGCUGGUGUUCAAGACGUACUCCAGAGCUCGCAGGAGUGCAUCCAGGGUCCUCAUCAUGCUGGCCUGGGCAGUCGUCUCCCUCGUGGUGUUCCUCUGCCCUCUCCUCAUCCAUGACUUCUCACCCUGCGUGCUGGAGGAGCUUCCCCCUAAACCGGCAUUGGUUGGACACCGGGGCGCGCCAAUGUUGGCCCCUGAGAACACCAUGAUGUCGUUCAAGCGGAGUCUGGAGUGCAAUGUGACUGCAUUUGAGACAGACGUCUUGCUCAGUAAGGAUGGUCAUCCCUUCCUGAUGCAUGACAACCACUCACUUAGGAGGACAACCAAUGUAGAGAAGAUAUUUCCACGACAGGAGAAGGACAGCUCAAAUAACUUCACCUGGAGUGAAAUACGACGCUUGAAUGCAGGACAAGGUUUUUUGGAUUUACAGAACGAUCCACUGCAGAGGACUCCUUCUCUGUCUGACACAGAGUGGUCGGAUGUCAGAAAUCAGAGUGUGCCAUCCUUUCAUGAACUUCUAGACUUGGCCAAAGAACACAAUGUCUCAAUCAUCUUUGACCUCAAAAAUGAAACGCCCAGCAGUAAUGAUGCAAACUACACAGUGCAGACCAUCCUGGCAUCAGGCAUUGCACAAAACCUGAUUUGGUGGCUUCCACCUGUGCACAGAGCAGAUGUUAAGAGAAUGGCUCCAGGCUUCCGCCAGGUCUACGGCAGUCUACCUGCCUUGAGAAAUGACAGUGGAAGUCAUCUGAAUGUGAAAUACAACCAUUUAAGUACAAAAGAAAUGAGAGAGCUGCGGAACAAGAAUGUGUCAGUGAACCUGUGGGUGGUGAAUGAGCGGUGGCUGUUCUCCCUGGCGUGGUGUUCCGGUGCCAGCUCUGUGACCACCAACGCAUGCCACAUUUUCAAUGACAUGGCCCGGCCAGACUGGACGCUGGAGCCAAUGCUAUAUAGGAUGAUCUGGAUUUCUGCUGACCUGGUGUCGUUACUUGUGAUGUUUGGGUUGUUUCUCCUUCAAAGGGAAAAGAGAGCGAAAAAAAGGGCAAGGCGACAGAUUUUCGGCGUGGAACCAGAGAGAACUGUCCCCCUUCUUGCCAUCUGAGUAAUUCAACCGUGAACACAUUCCUGUGGUUUCACCAGCCUUUACUUCUGUUCACUGCUCUCCGUCAUGCUCCCGAGGGAGGGAGUCAGGUGCCUGAGAUGGUAGCAACACUGUGACCCCAAUGGACCCCCAACAGUGGGUGUAGACCAAACUACACUUGAAUUCUGAAUGUAGAAUACAUGGAAACAAGAAUCUAUCUUAAACAGAUGUAGGAGUUUUUACUCUAAAUACAAUGUGUGUGUGUGUGUGUGUGUGUGUGUGUGCGCGCGCGUGCGUGCGUGCGUGUGCAUGUGUGUGGCUCACAUGAAAAUAUUUACUUUUUAAAUGAAAAGGACCAAUUACUGUGUUGUAUAAUUUUCAUGAAAGAAUACAUGAACUCUUUCAAGGCACUGUUUAUAAAUAUCAAGUACAGGGUAUCACAGUGAUACCUUUGAUAUGCAUUGGAUGUGUAUUUAGUAUUAGCAUGGGUUACAGUAAAAUGGAUGAGAAUGGGUCUGUUGUCAAAUUUCAAAUUGGUAAUUGAAAGACCAGUGACAGUGAUUGAAACAGUAGGAUGUUAAUAUGUUGGUUUUAAUUAUGUAAUCAUUUCAUGAACACAUUUCAAGCGUUUAAAAUAGGAUAUGAAUUAAUAUACCGUUUAAGCUGUAGCAUUUUGGUGUAUGAUGUAAGAUGUAUUGGAGUUGGGUGCACAGUAUUCUCCUUUUUUAAAAUAAAUUUUAAAUGUUUUAA